UGCAAAUGAACCAGAAACAAAUGUGAUAAAGGAAUAUUAUUCCAGAACACAUUUUUGCAAUAACAAAACAUUUUUUCCCAUCGUUCCCUCGUUAAACAGUGAGUGUAUUAUAUGUUAGGGCUGUUUUAAAAUCUUCAGAUAGAAACUGCCUUUGCUGUAUGCAAAAAUAUCCCCCUUUUUUGCUCCCAAAAAAAGCCGUAAGAACUUGAAAACUGGCGCUUCUCUUCUCAGCAGCAUCCCAUUCUGUGUAUAUACCUAUAGUGUAAUAACAGCACAUACAGCCCUCCGGAUGAAUAUGACUGCAGCGCGGAAGCGGAACGUCUCGUAUUUCUGUGAAGGUCUCCGUGGAACGAGGCGCUCUUGUUUCGACCGAGCGGCCUGCCGCAGUCCGCACUAAUCGACUUCAGAUGGGCUGGUUCACGCGAGCCGAGGAAGAUGGCAUCUCCCGAGCAAGCUGAGCAGCAAGCGCAGACGGCGGCUCCCAUCCGAGAGGACGCUCAGCCAAGAGAAGCGCUGGUUGCCACCGCGGUGAAGUUCUUGCAGAACGAGAAGGUCCGCCAGAGCCCCUUGGCCACCAGGAAAGCCUUCCUGAAGAAAAAAGGUCUGACCGAUGAGGAGGUGGAACUCGCCAUCCAGCGCUCGGGGAGCGUCGAACAACAACCUCUGGCCAUGGCCCCCCUGGGCCCUCCGGGGCCCGCGCGCCCGCUCCUGCACCCUCAGCCGGCCCCCGUGCCCUACGGUUCUCCUGGGUACCGGUGGAGGGACUACGGCGCUCUGGCCGUCAUAAUGGCGGGGAUGGCGGUCGGCUUCCACCACCUGUACCGGAAAUACAUCCUUCCUCUCAUUGUGGGCAGCAAGGAGGACAAGAAGCAUCUGCAGAGAAUGGAGACCAGCAUGGCCGAGAUGAGUGGCACGCUGACACAGACAGUGACACAGCUGCAGGCCACCCUGGCUUCCGUACAGGAGCUCCUUGCUCAGCAGCAGCAGAGGAUACAGGAGCUGACCCAGGAGCUGGCCUCAUCGGAGGCCUCCUCCGCGGCCGGCCGCAUGCUGGAGUCCCAGGCUGUGAGCGAGCUCAAGGCCGAGAUUGUGUCCCUCAAGGGGCUCCUCCUCAGCAGGAGGCAGUUUCCAGCCACGCCCUCCGUCCCGAAGAUCCCGUCGUGGCAGAUCCCUCUGAAACCACCCGCGCUCUCUGGCGCCCCCUCUGUCAACCACAACAACAGCAGCAGCGACAUCUCGCCCGUCAGCAACGAGUCGACUUCCUCUUCCCCUGUAAAGGAGGGCCACAGCCCCCAGGGGCCCCAGGCUGGGCCCCAUGGCCUGAAUGCCGAGGGCACCCUGGCCCCUCAGUUGCCCCUGGACUUGAAGGACCAGGUGCGCAUGGAGGUGCAGGGUGAGGAGGAGAGACGGGACGAGGAGGAGGAGGAGGAGGAAGAGGAGGAGGAGGAAGAAGAGGAAGAGGACGAUGACGUGAGCCACGUGGAGGAGGAGGAACGGCUGGCCGUGCAGACUGAGGACCGGCGAGGCGGCGAUGGGCAGAUCAACGAGCAGGUGGACAAGCUGAGGCGGCCCGAGGGCGCGAGUAACGAGAGCGAAGUGGACUAGACGACACGAGCUUCCACACCUCCUCCUCCUCCUCCUCCUCCACUCUUCGAACCCAUGCUGUAUCACCGUACUCGUCUCGAGCGCCCAGCGUGCAAAGCUAACAAGUGAAAACAACCCCGUUUGUCGUACCUCCCGUGUGCCUGUGGCUAAAUGUCCUCCACUUGUAGCGCGUCCCCGCUCGUGGCCGCGGUAUGGAGAGCUUGGCCGGUAGGACUCGCUUUACCCGACGGUUAACGCACGACAUGCCGAAGCCAACGUUCCGUUGAGAUGGCCUCGUUUCGUGCUUGAGACCGAAUGCAGGUCGGCACGUCGAACUGGUCAAGCGAUCUUCAUACCCGAUAUUCACCUGACGUAGUGACUCUAGUCUUUAAUGAUGUGUAACCGAAAUGUAAGGCUCUACCUGCUAGCUAAAGUAACUGUAUCCAUUUGAAAUUAGAAGGACUUGAAAAAAAAAAUUCAGGACACCAAAGAAUUUCAGUGUUGACCUCAUGCACUUUAGCGAUACGUCACCAGUCGGGUGGCGGAUGUUUCCACGGUUGGGCAGGUACCAUUGCAGAUCUCUUGCGCCCCCAUCGGUGACGGAGGACUAAUAGCAACCUGCUCUGAGAAGAAUAUUAUAAACGUGCUUUCUUUCAGGUCCUUCGGUACAGUUUCAGAAGUAUUUCUGUCUGUAAAUGAAAAAUAAAACUCCCUACUAGUA